CGCUCGCACCGUUUGAAAAGCGUAUCCGCCAUUUUACUUUGGAACCUCGGAAGCAGUGGUGCAUCGAAGCGCUGAGGUUACAGUGAAUCAUGGCAAUGCAGGCAGAACCCCAGGUUCAGUUCAAACUGGUUUUGGUGGGAGAUGGUGGUACGGGUAAAACCACCUUUGUGAAGCGCCAUUUGACUGGAGAAUUUGAGAAGAAGUAUGUAGCUACCCUGGGUGUCGAAGUCCACCCUCUUAUGUUUCACACCAACAGAGGAGCGAUCAAAUUCAACGUGUGGGAUACAGCUGGACAGGAGAAAUUUGGUGGUCUCCGAGAUGGGUAUUACAUACAAGCCCAGUGUGCCAUAAUUAUGUUUGACGUGACAUCCAGGGUAACAUACAAAAAUGUUCCCAACUGGCACAGAGACUUGGUUCGAGUGUGUGAGAACAUCCCCAUAGUCCUGUGUGGUAACAAGGUAGACAUCAAAGAUAGGAAAGUCAAAGCAAAAGCCAUCGUUUUCCACAGAAAGAAGAAUCUUCAGUACUAUGACAUCUCUGCCAAGAGCAACUACAACUUUGAGAAGCCCUUCCUGUGGUUGGCAAGGAAGCUGAUUGGUGACCCAAACCUCGAGUUUGUAGCCAUGCCUGCCCUGGCUCCCCCAGAGGUAGUGAUGGAUCCCCAGCUGGCCAAGCAGUAUGAGGAGGACCUGCAGGUGGCCCAGUCCACGGCCCUGCCAGACGACGAGGAUGACCUGUGAGCUGGCAGCGGAGCGCCACGGGCCGCCUAGUUUUAUAGGCAGCCGCGCGGGGGCCGUGGCCUAGUUCCAGCCCCCCUGGCAGGUUAGCGGAGCAUUUUCGUGUGUUACACGAGAUCCAGGACAGACAAACGGUGGGGGGAGGCGCUUUGCCAAGGCCUGCGCAGCUCAGAAACCCAAUGUGUUCUGGGUUGCCUUACAUACCUGGCUUUAUUUGGUUUUUGUUUUUCAAACGUGACUGUCCAUCCAGUAUUUUCAUUUAACCUUUCCCUCUGAUUCUGAUAAUUUAAGCCUUCUGCCAUAAACUGUACACAACUUGCUGUUGAUUCCAAUUUUAUUUAGUCAAUAAAGUUGUUUAAAACACUGGG